UAUUAUUUGAGUGAGAAAUUACUCAAAAACCUUGUACUUAGAGGGGGCUGUUUUUCACACUGACUUAUAAUAUCCAAUGCUUUCCAUUGCUCGUUACCAAGUAAGUUUUUAUACUAUUAAACAAUUUAUUUACCAUAGUGUCCAGUGCCUUUGAACUUUAAAUGGCCUGCAGAAAGUCAAGGCUCUGUGGCUUUUCAGUAGAAAAAAAUGUGUGAUGUCGAAUUCCACAUCAUCUAUGCACAAAUAUGACUUAACCCUGAUAAGCAAGUUUGUCUGGAUUAAUGAUUAACAGUAGUCUAGUUAAUUAUUUGCACAAAGUAAAUAUUGAAGCAAUGGGCGCCAUAUCUUAACAGUCACAACAGUGUUUACAUGGCCCAUGCUUAAAAUACUUGUGUAUCAAAGAACACUGGAGUCUACCUGCGUAUCAAGGAACACUGGAGUUUACUUGUGUAUCAAAGGACACCUGGAGUCAUACUGUAGGCUUGCCAAAAGGUUCUAUGUUUUGAAUUCAAGAUGGCAGCUUUUUAGGUCACACUCCUUUAGGUUGAAUGAAGGCUCGAGAUUUCACUUAGUUGGCGCCAUGGUGGAGAAAAAAAUGCGGCUGACACUAAAGAAAGCUCUAAGGAUAGCAUUGGUAUUCACAGCAGUUCUUGUUGUCUACAUGAUCACAUUUGGCAUCAAUACUGAAAUAGAUUGCUUUCAGUUUUGUGUUGGAAAGACAUGCUUCAGCUCUCGUCUCACAAUACUAGUCUACAAAGAUGACGUUGAGCCUAAGGAUAUGAAAUUCCUCCAGAGCUUCCGGCCACAGCUGGGUUUAAAAAAAUACGCCAUGGACUCCAUGACGGGACAACUUGACAGAGAGAUAUGCCCAAUGGAAGAACACUUUCCGCAAUUCACAACGAUUCCCACCCAAAACAACUGCGCUAUUGUCGGAAACAGCGGAGUUCUCCUUCACAGCAACUGCGGGAAUGAGAUAAACUCCUAUGAUUAUGUAAUACGUAUGAACUUAGCACCUGUGCGAGAUUUCGCAGACGAUGUCGGCGUCAGGACAAAUUUGACGCUGAUGAACUUCGAGUCGCUGGUUUACUUGCACAGCAAUCUCACGCAGAAAGAACCUGGGGAUAAGUUCCUUGAUAUGUACGUGAACAGGGUGUGGUUUCUUAAUGACACAGUGAUUUGGUACGCCAAGUCCAUGGCACCUAGAGAAACCAGAAAACGACUCCAACAGUCUGUGGAGGUGCUCAAGAAUAAAUAUCAACUGCCGAUUAGGUUUGGGUAUAGCUGGAGAACUCUGCAUGCUGAAAGAUAUCUCAGCAUGAAGCGACUAGCCACAACGGGGUUCAAUGCUUACUACGUAGCUAAAUCAUUCUGCAAGCACAUCACCCUCUACGGUUUCUAUCCGUUCAGCAAAGACGCACGAGGCUACCAUGUACCCCAUCACUACUACGAGGACGUCCGGUACGAGUACAGCAACCCCGUGCACAAUUUCAAUUGGGAAUUCAACAAAUUGCAAGAGUAUGAGAAGGAGGAUGAGCCUUUGAAAGUGAAGACUGGGAAGUGUAUCGGUGCCGCUGUGAGGAGGAGGGGUGAAGGUGUGGAGAAACCAAUUGGGGAUUUAUUAUGGUUUAAAGUGAAGCCAUGACGAACAUUUGAGUUCAGCUUAGACCAGGGCCCAGAACAAAUUGCAAAACAAAUUGUCAGCAUUACCAUCAUGGUUUGUGUUAAGACAUCACACUUUACUUGGCAACUUCAAUUGAUUUGCAUUACCGGUAACUCUUUGUGAAAUGGGCCCCAGGGCCCAAUCUCAUGAAGCCUAUAAGCCUAAAAACUUGCUCAGCACAAGAAAUAUUGUUGACAGAGACUGCUUACCAGCAAAAAUUCAAUAAAUUUUACAUUAUUGCAACUGAUGGUGCCCCACUCAUUUGUAAGACAACUGCUGAGCAAUAUUUUCUGCU